AUGCAUCUGUUGCACCUGCGACAAGAGACAUGGUUCAGUCGGGCUCUGCAACCUGACUUCACCGCAACAAGAAGCACGCCUCGGACUGUUCGUGACAUCGUACCACGUGCAGACAUUUUUGAUGAAGAAUACAGCGCCUUUGCACAUACGCUGCCAGCUGGCGAACCUGUUAUUGUGCAUGACAGCACCAGCUAUGCUACCUUGACGCCUACAGGGGAGAGCAGUGUUACUGCAGUAACCAAUCCCAGGAGCCCAGUAACUACGUCAAACGGCGAGGCUGCUGAAGUAACAACUCCCCAAAGCCCAGUUUCAACGGACAUUCCCACAGCAUACCAUGCAGAGCUCACCACUUUGCCCUUGCUGUCAGAGGUGAACGGACGGGUUCAUCUCGGCAACGGCAUCUUUGUAACUGAGGAGCAGUGGCAGUGGCUCUUGGGUCGCAGGAGGGAUUCUCUGUUCUGCAAGGAGGCAGUGAAGAUCUUGUGGCCGAUCUCUGAACUAAAGGGCAGGAGCAUCACUGGGACUCCAUGUCGUCGCUUUGCGAACAAAGAAAAUGGGGUGAAGCCCAGAAAGGCGCUGACGCCAGUCAAGCUCCAAGCUGUCACAAGUGCUUUUGAGAUAUACGUGGAGGAGACUCCAUCAGAGGUGCCACAGAAGGACCGGCUAAACAAGAUGAAUCGGUUCAUAGCUGAACUCUUGAAUGACUUCAAUAAAUGA